AUGGCUGUCGUUGGUGGAGGACUUGCCGCUCGACAUUAUGGCUGGGAAAGCAGCAACAGUAGAGCCGGCAAUGCCCAAGGCGAGGUGGUGGUCGCCACGUUUGCCUCAAAUGCGCCGCUGAGUGACGAAACGGCAUACGCCCACCUGAGGGCCUGGAAAAUUCAGAUCGAGGCGAACGGCCUGGCGUCGAAUUACACAACCAUUGAACGUCACAGAGAAGACAAACAAUUCAGGCAAUGUGGCGUGGUGGCUUGCUUGACGACGAGAAUGUUGUCGAUUUGUUUCCGCGGAUACGCGGAGGGAAGAAGGAGCUAA